UCCCAACCACAGUCUGCAUCUAGGGUAUAAAGACGCGAGUUUUCUCAAUUUAAAGGGACGUUAAGCUCAACGAGGGAUUUAUCAACAUAAAAUAUUAAAUUAAAUAUUUCUAUUUUCGAGCGGCUAUCUGAUUCUGGCUUUACUGGCACAACGGGUUAUAAAAACACCUGCUUUCCUUACAUUGGUGCUUCCUAUGAGAAUGUCAGAAGAAAACCAUGUCUUAUCCAUACGACUGUCUCGACCUUUUUACUCUGAAAAUGAAAUUACUCGGAUAAUGCAGUCUCGCGACCCAAAAGAAAAUGCCUUCAAGAUGCAAGCCUUCAAUUGGAUUUCAGAAAUGAGUAAAAGUCUAAAGUUUCCUGUAAGAACCACUGGUCUUGCUAUGAUAUUAUUCACUCGAAUUCAGCUAUUUUAUCCUCUGGCAGAACUUCCUCUCAUUGAAUGUGCUACAGCAUGCUUGUUUGUUGCCUGUAAAAUAGAGGAUACAGCUAAGAAACUUCGUGAGAUACUGCUUGUUCACUUCCAACUUAAACACCCUGGUUUGGAUGCUGAUGCUCAUGUCCAGAUCAUUGAUGAUGUAAAACGAAAGGUGUUAGUUUUAGAAAGAAUGAUUUUGGAGCUUCUGUGCUUUGAUUUUCGUGUUCGCCAUCCUCAUACUUUUAUGAUCAAGUUUGCUAAAUCACUGAACUUUUCUCCUUCCAGCGCUCUUGUCGCUUGGAAUAUUUGUACAGACGCUUAUCGAACUUUCGCACUACUCAAAUACCCUGUUUCUGUUGUCGCAGUUGCUGCUCUUUCCAUUACAUGUAAGCUUCAAAAGCUUUCGCAGCCCAUCAUUCCGAGAAAUUUCUGUGCUCCUACCUUACUUACUGAAGGAGCGAUUGCUGACCUACUUGAUCUCUAUAUGCAUUUUCAAUCAUAUACGCUGCUUGGCCAGAUGUAUCCAACAGAUCUGCUCUUAGGUUUAUGCGUUGACUUUCAAAGAGCCCAGAAAAAUUCCUCAAGGCCCCCGAAAGCUACAAAAAUAGAUCCAAAAAUUCCGUCUAUAGCGGACUUGUAUACGCAAUCAAAUGCUCAACUUUCUUCUUCUAAACAGGGGUGUACACGAUUUUUGCUCGACUGUGAUAGAAAUUACUUUGAGCGAGAAUACAAAAUUCGUGUAACGCAAGAGGGACAACUUGAAAAGCAAUAACACGUCAACUGCUGGCAAGUGUACAAACAAUCUUUUGGUUUUAAUUUAUGGUCAUUACCUUACAGUUCUAUUUUUAUUUAAGAAGUAAUAUUGGGCUGGUAUAUAUUAUUUGUAGUCUAGUAAAUCCUAAUCACUAAUCGUU